GCGGAAGUCCAGAGUUUUGUUUUCGUCCCGGUCUCCGUGCGGCGAGCACAGCGACGGAGCGCCUCGUCCAGUCAGGAGCGCGCGCGCGCUGUCGUAUUAUCAUGGCACACCUUGCUCGCUGGAGAGUCUCUCAUCUGAAGCCGUCUGCACUUUAAAGUCUGUGAUUUGAGCAGCAGGCGGCUCUCGCUGCCAUCGCCGUUUCCCGUCGAGUGCCACAUCAAUCGGAGGUUAGAAUGGUCAUCAGGGUCUACGUCGCUUCCUCAACCGGCUCCGUCGCGGUAAAGAAGCAUCAGCAGGAGGUGGUGGGUUUCCUGGAGGCCAAUCGAGUCAGCUUCCAGGAAGUAGACAUCACCAUGCUGGAGGAACAGAGGCUGUGGAUGUACCGCAACAUCCCCAGAGACAAGCUGCCAGAGAAAGGCAACCCAUUGCCUCCGCAGAUCUUCAACGAGGACCGUUACUGUGGGAACUAUGAAGACUUCUUCCAGUCAAAAGAGAACAACACUGUGUUUGCAUUCCUUGGGCUCGACGCCCACCCUUCAGUAAAAGAUUCUGAGUCAUAGAUCAAACUGCAGGGUUGCACCAUCCAGGAGACCUUUCACAUGAGGAUAACAACUGCAUCACUUGCUUCCCAUGUUCCGUUGAUCCUCCUGCUUUGAUGACCGCAUUUUGCCAAACGUCCAUGACCUCUUCUGACUAUAAAAACAACAUUCUACCAUCACUUUAGUCCCCGAGUAUUUGCUUCUCGUGAGGCCCGAAGAACUUUAAGGGGCAAAUAUUUGUUUCCUUCCUUUCCAACUCACUGUGACAGAAAAAUGCAGUAGCAAACAGUCGACGCUGUGAAGGCUUGAAGAAAAUGUAGCAGCUCGUGUCGGCUGAAUACACACAUGUAUUGUGCCUUAGUAGCGUGUGUGUGGCGUCUGAUAACGAAGGCCUGUUUCUGUAAGUGAAGGGGCAUGUACUGUAUGUAACCUGAGCAGCUGGAGGCCCAGCCAGUGCUUGAAUGGGCCUGCAGGCCGCUUUGGCCGCACCAGCGGUGACAUCACAUGAGACCAAUUGCCAACCUUUAACAUACAGUAUUAGUGCCACCACUGUUUAAUGAAACACGCUGUUCCACUGCCAACAUGGUUUGACUAAAGGACAAGAUUGGUUAAUACCUGGUCAAAUAUUUACAGUACAGUCCACCUCCAACUCAAACUUUAAACUUUACCAGUUAUUUCUCAAGCUGAGGUAAUGAACUUAACCAUUGUUCCACUUUUCAUUCCGUGCUGUCUCAGCUUUCUUGUAAACAACACUGAUGUAAUAGUGCCUGUAUCUUGCGUCCUGUACUGUGUGUUUGCUCAAUCCUAACAAGCUUCUCUUCGUUCAGCAUGGAAAAAACCCACCACUGGUUCUGACAACAUUUCUAUUUUGUCUACUUCUGUCCUCAUUUAUUAUCAAGUCUUAUGAUGUUUUUUAUGAAUUUGUGUCAGUGCAUACUUGGUUGGACAACCUGACUAAAUAACCUCUGUGCUGUGUCUGCUUUUAGCUCUAGUGUGAUUUAUUGUGGUUAAUUUUGUAUUCAGCUUGUGAGAAUUGUAUCCAUUGAUACAUUACUGUUUGUCUAUGUUGCACAAAGCACAUUUAAGUUAAAUUUGUAUUAUAAGCUGAUUUGCCUCAUAUUGA